CCCACCUCUUUUUUUUUUGUGGGUUAUCGAAUAGGGUACCCUCUCUACCAGUUCAACGUCACAACUUUUUCUUUUAUGUGUAGUGUUCUUCCAUAACACAUUUAUUCAAUUCAAUACAAAGAUUUUUUUUUUCCUCUUUUUUUCAGCGUAUCCCCAGAUUGUGACAUCCUGUUACCACUUAGAAUUACCAAAAAAAAAAAAAGAAGGGCAUUGCCUAAUGUGGGACCCACAUCCCCAUAAGUUCAACUCAUGAACGACACCUACGCCAUUUUGUUUUCCCUCUUCCUCUUAUUAUAUAAUCAAUAUUCCAAUCUUCCCCCGUUCCAUCUGCAUUAGAUCUCUUUUUCUUUGAUCUCUGAUUGUUUUCUUUUAGCUUUGAAAAGGGUAUUAAGGAAAAGCAGCACUUUGUUUUCGCAAUGGCGGAGAGAUGGGUGAGAAUGGUGACUGCGCAGACGCCGACCAACAUAGCGGUUAUAAAGUACUGGGGGAAGAGAGAUGAGACCUUGAUUUUGCCUGUUAAUGAUAGCAUAAGUGUUACUUUAGAUCCUGCCCAUCUCUGUACUACCACCACUGUUGCUGUUAGUCCUGCUUUUGACCAGGAUCGGAUGUGGCUCAAUGGAAAGGAGAUAUCCCUUUCUGGAGGUAGGUAUCAAAAUUGUUUAAGGGAAAUCCGUGCUCGGGCCUGUGAUGUUGAGGAUAAAGAAAAAGGUAUCAAGAUUGCAAAAAAGGAUUGGGAGAAAUUGCAUGUGCAUAUAGCUUCAUUUAACAAUUUUCCUACUGCUGCUGGACUGGCGUCUUCAGCAGCCGGUUUUGCUUGUCUAGUUUUUGCCCUUGCAAAAUUGAUGAAUGCUAGAGAAGACAAUAGUGAGCUCUCUGCUAUUGCAAGGCAAGGUUCAGGCAGUGCAUGUCGCAGUUUGUUUGGUGGAUUUGUGAAGUGGAUCAUGGGAAAAGUUGAUGACGGAAGUGACAGCCUGGCUGUUCAACUUGUCGAUGAGAAGCACUGGGAUGAUCUUGUUAUUAUCAUUGCUGUGGUAAGUUCACGGCAGAAAGAAACUAGUAGCACCUCAGGAAUGCGUGAAAGCGUUGAAACUAGCUUGCUUUUGCAACAUAGAGCUAAGGAGGUUGUACCAAAACGCAUCAUACAAAUGGAAGAGGCCAUAAAUAAGCGCGAUUUUGCAUCUUUUGCCCAAAUAACCUGUGCUGAUAGUAAUCAGUUCCAUGCUGUCUGCUUAGACACGUGUCCCCCAAUUUUCUACAUGAAUGAUACAUCCCACAGGAUAAUCAGCUGUGUUGAGAAAUGGAAUCGUUCUGAAGAAACACCUCAGGUGGCUUAUACCUUUGAUGCUGGGCCUAAUGCAGUUCUAAUUGCACAAAAUAGAAAGACUGCUGUCCAGUUGUUGCAGAAGCUGCUUUAUUAUUUCCCACCAAAUUCUGAUACUGAUUUAAACAGUUAUGUUCUUGGUGAUAAAUCAAUUCUGAAAGAUGCUGGAAUUGAAGAGAUGAAGGAUGUGGAAUCAUUGCCAGCACCUCCAGAAAUUAAGGAUGCCCCAAGAUUCAAAGGGGACGUCAGUUAUUUCAUCUGCACAAGACCCGGCAGAGGUCCUGUUUUGCUCACUGAUGAAAGUCAGGCUCUUCUCAACCCUCAAACUGGGCUGCCUAAAUAAAUAAAAGUGGCGUCCCUUGCCCUUGCCCUUUCUCUUGCAUUUUGUUAUCUUGCUGUCCCUAGGCGGACAUCUCUGAUGGCCUUGGUAUAGCAUUCUGAUGAUUGUUCUCCAGAAAGUGAAGUUACAGUGAAGCAAUUCCUGCAACUUUUCCUGGCAAAUUUGCAGUGGGAGGAUGCUUGUCUUGUAUUGUAAUUUAUUUUUGUUAUUAUUAUUUUUUCUUUUGCCUCUCAGUUCAUUUAGAGUUAUGAACUCUUGAUGAAUAAACUGCUCAUUGUUCAUUUAAGCUUUUUUCUUUUUCCAGCUGUAAGUCUUAGAAUAAUUUAUGUACUAGUUUAAAAUUCUGUUUCUUUCUAAAGUUCUCUAUUCAAUAAACAAAUUCUUCAUUGCUUAA